CCCGCCCGCCCGCAGCAGCUGGACCGGGAGCAGUGCCCCAUCUGCUUGGGUCCGCUCGAGGACGUGGUGGAGCUUUCGUGUAGCCACCGCUUCUGCUGGAAGUGCUUCGUGCUGGGCCCCAUCGCGCAUCAGCCUGGGGAGUACCGCAUCACCCAGUGUCCCAUCUGCCGCAAGGACACCGCGGAGCCGCUGCAGGACCUGGAGGCCGACGGCGAGGGCGCGACACCGCACGCCGGCGUCGGGCCGUGCAGGCCGGAGAGCGAGCUCACGCGGUUCCUGCACACGUAUUUCCCCCCGGAGCAGCAGCAGCUGCGGCAGCUCGAGGGCGACGACGGCGACGAGGAGGACAUGCGCGACGUGGUGGGCCAGCUGAUGAAGGCGCUGCUGGAGGGGCGCCCGACCGUCGAGGAGCCGCCACAGCCAGCGGCGUCGUCCUCGAGCCACCAGGAGGCCGCCGCGGCGGCUUCGUCGUCGAGCCAGGGCCCCAGCGACUUCUUCGCGACACUGCCGCAGAGGCCCUCCAGCCCGGAGAGGACGGCCCUGAACCAGGCCCAGAAGCUGCACUGGCUCCAGCUGGCGUCCACCGGCGACCCGCUCGCCCUGGACGGCGCGAUGGACUGCCUCCUGUGCUCCGAGCCGCUGGUGAUGGACGCGACGGUGACGACCCCCUGCAAGCACCAGUUCCACCAGCACUGCGUGCGCAGGCUGGAGUCCCCAGAGUGCCCGCUGUGCUCCGCCACGCUGCCCUUCUCGUGGUUCCUGCCCAGCGACCACCCCUGCGCCGAGCACGGCUUUAAGGUCGUGACGGCCUGUAGCUACAAGCCGCGGUUCGCCGGAGGCCCCAGCAGGGGCAACUGCGGUUGGCCGCUGCAUCGCCCGCCUCCAGCCUCGUUGCACGGGCCGGGUGGAAUCACGAUGAAGUCCUACCUGCACCGCGGCGUCCCCUUGGGCCCGGAGGAGGAGCUGGAGGAGGAGGAGGACGUCGACGGCAGCCGCAGUCCACAGGCGCCGUGCGCGAGGUCCCCUGCCACGCAGGCCACCGACGAGGGCGACGACGCCAGCAGCCGCAGCUCCUCUUCGGACGAGUCCAGCAGCGAGGACGGGGCGGAGCGGGGCGGCUCUGAGGUGGGCUGCCGCGACGCCGUGGCCUGCGCCGGCAGGCCGCGGCCGUGGCUCUUCACCGCCUGCGGCAGGAUGCGGCCCUGCGAGCUCGGCGACGAGGCGGAGGUGGAGGAACCCGCCGCGGCCGCCGCCAGCGCGGGCGCGGAGCUGCCGCGGGACCCGGAGGAGCAGCGGAACCCAGUGGUGCUGCUCAUCGGCUCCCACGUGUGAGCCCUCUGAGGUGGCCCGCCGGCCUCUCCUCAGUAUCGUUGAACCGAUCCUCGUGCCCAUCCCCAUCCCGCCACGCCAUUGGGGAUAGUGAUCGGUUAAACGAUGCUCAUCGCCCCCGCC